AUGGCAGCACAAAAAUCCAAUGCCUCUGUACUGUUCCUUCAGGAAGACGAUGAUGAAAGUCUAUCCCAAGAGUGCCGAGACCUCAUUGCAACCCUACCCAGUGAACCGAAUCGGCUCAUGACAAGACUCUACCAAUUCAAAGGUUUCUGGGUCUCCAAGAAGCUCAUGCAAGCAGUCCUCAAUUGCCAGAACCAUUUCCAAGCCCAUGAUUCUGAUGUCCUUCUUGUUACAUUACCAAAAUCUGGUACCACAUUGCUCAAAGCCCUCGCUUUUGCUAUCAUUAACCGUAAAGCUCAUUCUCAGCAGCAUCACCAAGGCUUUUUGGAACCCAUCUACCACAUGUUUUUUGCCAGAAUCUGUGAAGCCAUCGAAAUGUAA